AUGCUACUCAAUCUACCCAGGUUCCUUCUCAAGACCUACUUGACCUCGGUGAUAGUCUGGAUAAUGCUAACGACAUCCAUCCCGCAGACAAUAACGAAAUACACCAUGAAACCACUAACGUCACCCUAUUUUCCACAAUCGUCGAUAACGGUGCCGAAACGACAACCGAUCCUCAAUGCCACGGUAUACGUCGUGAUUGCCCACCCUGACGACGAAGUCAUGUUCUUUGCGCCGACCAUCUUGGAGUUGACCAAACCGCAGUACAACAACCAGGUGAAAUUGGUGUGUUUUUCCAAUGGCGAUGCGGGCGAUGUGGCUAUGGGCCCCGUGAGGACGCGGGAGCUUUACGCUUCGGCGCGGAUCUUGGGGGUUGAGGUUUCGAAUGUGCGCGUCUUGGAGUAUAAGGAUGGGAUGAAUGAGACUUGGCACAGUCAAGAUAUCGCCAAAUCCAUCACUCAAGUAGUGAAGGAGGAAAAGGAGAAAGAUAAGAAAAGUGGUGCCGUGAUUGUCACCUUUGAUGAUGGAGGUGUUUCGAGACAUGCGAACCACGUGGCUUUGUUUCAUGGAUGCAGGAAGUUUUGGCAAAAGAGCCGGCUGGUCAGAGUAUACACUUUGAAGAGCUUGGGGUUCUGGGAGAAGUAUAGCUUCACCUUGUUGACUAAUGUUGAAUUGGCGACUGAUUACGUGACCAGAUUGAUUAGGAAAUUCGCCACUGUGAAUAUCAAUGUCAGCUUUUUCAGCCCUGCUAAUGACUCAAGCAGCGUCAAGAUUUACUCGGAUUUGAAUAAAUUGGCUUGCAGUUACGCGGCGAUGGCCUAUGGACACUAUAGUCAGAUGGUGUGGUUUCGAUACGGAUGGUUGAUGCUUAGCCGGUACCUCACCUAUAACCAUUUAAUAGAAGUUACCAGGUAG